AUGACUUUUCAAACAACGCGGCCGUCUUCUACACUUCUAGUCCCCUCUAAACGGCCUCUUUCCGCCCCCAGAAACCCCACCCUCUCUAACACGACCGCUACAUACCCGCCGAUACAUAUUCGUUCAACAUCAACUUCUACGUCAACGCCGGCAGUGGCCGAAUCUAAAUCCAAGUCCAAAUCUAUCUCGGAGAAUCAGCAUGUGGAGCUGAACUCUCGGCCCACGACUGUCGAGUAUGAUUUCUCGUCCGGUCCGCAGCCGUUCUUGGAUCCGGCGUUGUGGGAGAAUGUGAAGGCGGUGGACCGGCUGCGGAGGGAGGGGGAAGGACUCGGAGAAGGAGAUGUUUACGUUAAAGAGAAAGAGGAGGAAUUGAGGAGGGAGAGGGAGAGGGAGGCAGAGUUUGGAGGGAUGGCUGUUAGGGGGAGGAUGGGGAGGUGGAAGUGA